AUGCAAAUUGCCUUUUUCACAUGGACACCGUGGAACAUGCCUACGGUGUCAGGUGUCCAUCGGAGGGAGGUGACCUGCCGGAGGAAGCCCGAGCGCGUAGCAGAGUGGCAGGCUCGUGUGAGCAGGGCCAUCUACCGCUCGUUGGUCUUGAGCGCGAGCCUGGUCGGCUCCUACACGCGGCCAUUUUUCGAGACUGACACGGCCGCUGAUGCGCCGGGCACAUGCGACGAGCCAGUCCUAGAGUUUUUCCGCAAGUUUGCAGUCUAUGACUUGCUGUCAAGCCCCAGCAGCGAGGGGGCUGUUUUUCGCAGGGCCGGGGCGUGGCUGCUGGAAGGCAUCCUCUUCGAGACGAAGGAGAGGGCCGAUUUUGAGGAUCGCUUCGGCCGGGGCUUCGGCUGGGGCGAGUUAUGCACUCUGGACAAGUGUCCCUUGAGCUUUCCCUCAUUGUCGGCCCUCUGGAAAUGUCUCGUUUCGGCGCGCACUUGGUUGUGUGGAAACUGGCGCAAGUCCUCUAGGCUUUGCGUUAAUAAAGCCGACGGAGACAAGCAAAUCAGAGAAUUGAUUGUCUUGUUCAAUUCAUUCGAAGAAGGAUACGCUUACUUUCCCAAGACGUUAAAAUGGACUGAGAAGCCAGCCAUUACAGCAUGCGCCGCUCCGGAGCCAGGAACUGGUUGGGGCAAGCUUCGCUCGCCUUAUGGACGCAGCGCCGAGACACUGGAGACACUGAAUUAUCGGCAUAGAAAUAUGAUGGACAACCCCGAGCUUGAAGAUAUCUGUCCACCACCGCUAGGGGUCAAAUGGUUUGAGCAUUGUCUAUGGCAUUACUUGAAGCUCGGGUUUGCCCCCGACGCCUUUGCGUUUGCGAGUCGCACCGAGCUUCAGCAGUAUGCGCAGUUCUUCCAUAGCUCCACUCUCUUUGCAGCCGACGAUUUGGAAGGAAGGCACAUGGCAAAUCCAGACCGCUGGCCAAUUUAA